AAAGAGGCGAAUAAAAGUAUAAACGGUAUAUGCUUGAUCUUGAUUAGGUAUCAUUAACAACUUCUCCACUCAACGGAAAGUAUCUUAUUAUUAAUUUCAUCAAGAAUGGCAUUCAAAUUCAUUGUUGCUCUUGCAUUCGUUGCUGUGGCUAGCGCUGGACUCAUUCCCGUUCACCAGGAAUACCAUGCUGCUCAACCCGUGCUGAUUAAGUCCCACGAAUCUCACGAUCCUCAUCCUCAAUACCAGUUCUCUUAUGCUGUGAAUGAUGCUUCCACCGGAGAUGUCAAGAACCAAAUUGAGACCCGUGAUGGAGAUCUUGUCCAAGGAGAAUACUCCCUCAUCGAUUCCGAUGGCCACAAGAGGACUGUCCAAUACACUGCUGACUCCGUUCAUGGAUUCAAUGCUGUUGUCCACCGUGAGCCACUCGGACAUGUUGUAAAGGCCGUUAAUUCCGCUCCAGUUGCUUAUGCUGCUGCUCCAGCUCUCAUCAAGUCAGCUCCUGUGACCUAUGCUGCUGCUAUAGUAAAAUCAGCUCAUCUUGGUUAUGCUGCACCCACCGGAUACACUCAGACUUAUGCUGCUGCUCCAGUUGCUUACUCCCAUGCCCCAGCUGCCUACACAACCCAGACCUUGGUGAAAUCAAGCCCAAUCUCAUAUGCUGCUCCAGCUUAUGCCUACCAUCAUUAAGGAAUUGUUACGAGUUUACUUGUUGAUUGAUGCGAAUAUGCCAAAUGUUUGAUGAAAUUAAAUGUUAAUAAAAAAUUAUUUAUAACGAAA